GGCAGAUCCAGCGAGCUUGUGUCUGAAUUGGGACAAUGUAACAAGGAUGUCAGAGAAAGAGACUCACACAGAGCGUCGGAGAGACUGCUAGGAAGAUGGAUGGAGAGACAUCAUGGGAAAGAGAGCGCUGCCCGCCAGGAGAGGAGUGAGCGGAGCUAAGUCGGGGCUUACGCGCUGAAAGAGACCCCCCACGCAAAGUGACAGGCGCACACAAAGACAAUUAGGGAGAGCGAGUGGCGCCACGAGACAGCUGCCGUCAGUACCUGAUCCAGAAUUUGCACCGUGCGGGGCAGAUUGGCCACCCGCUGAGAUGGAGUCUGGUGAGGGGUAAUUUUUUACCUUCUAUGUACCCCCGACAUCCAUCUGAAGCAUCAGAAUGGUGGCUCGGGGAUCGGACACGUUGGAUUCUGGAACAGAAAGCGCGAAUCGACUCAUUGCGUCCACGGCGCCCAGCAGCGUGAAGGGAAGACCAAGUAAACGGAUCACGAGAGGCCCGUUUGUGAAACUGGCCGACUGCGCGCAUUAUCACUACGAGAAUGUUAACUAUGGUCCGAUCCAGCUUUCCCUGUCUGACUCGCGCCCCGAGGAUUCCACGGCCACCGAUGGAGAAGCUGUGUACAUUGUCCAGGUCUCAUGUCAGGGUCGUUCCUGGUCUGUCUUGCGCAGCUAUGAGGACUUUCGUAUUUUGGAUUCAAACCUUCACCGCUGCAUCUUCGACAGGCGCUUCUCUCAGUUAUUGGAGCUCCCACCUCGCUCUGAGCUACCAUCUCAGGGACAGAUCCUGGCUCCGCUUCUCGCUCGUUAUCUAAAAGGACUCUCCGCCAUCGUAGACAGCAAUAUCAACUGUGGUCCUAUUCUCAAUUGGAUGGAGAUCGACAAUCACGGCAACCGUUUGCUGGUCAACGAAGAGGCGUCUAUCAACGUGCCGGCUAUCGCUGCUGCCCACGUGAUAAAACGAUACACGGCACAAGCCCCCGAUGAGCUGUCCUUCGAGGUUGGAGACAUCGUUUCGGUCAUUGACAUGCCUCCUCGGGAAGACACCAGCUGGUGGAGAGGAAAGCACAGCUUCCAGGUGGGUUUUUUCCCCAGUGAGUGCGUGCAGCUGAUCACAGACAAUAAGAACCCAUCCCCCGCUGCAGAGGGUGAUGUAAAAUUGGCUGUCACGUCUCCCCAUGGCUCCAACUCUCCCAGACCAGUGUGCAGGAGACACGGGAAGCUGGCUGGGUUGCUGCGCAGCUUCAUGGCGUCCCGGCCCAGCAAGCAGCGUCUGAGACAGAGGGGGAUACUUCGAGAGAGAGUGUUUGGAACUGACCUUGGAGAACAUCUCCUGGAUUCUGGAGAAGAUGUUCCCAGGGUGCUCGUAUGCUGCGCUCAGUUUCUGGAGAAAUACGGGAUUGUCGAUGGAAUUUAUCGUCUGUCGGGAGUCUCAUCCAACAUCCAGAAGCUGCGGCAUGAAUUUGACAGCGAGAGGGUCCCCGAUCUGUCUCGUGAUACCUUCCUGCAGGACGUGCACUGUGUCAGCUCCCUGUGCAAACUCUAUUUCCGCGAGCUUCCCAAUCCCCUGUUAACCUACAGACUCUACCACCCGUUCACCGAAGCCAUGUCCGCGGCCAGCGAAGAAGAGAAGUUAAUCAGAGUGCACGAUCUAAUCCAGCAGCUGCCGCCUCCCCACUACAGGACUCUGGAGUACUUGAUGAGGCAUCUGGCCCGCAUGAACACUCACAGCGAACGCACUGGGAUGCACGCGCGCAACCUCGCUAUCAUCUGGGCGCCCAACCUGCUGCGGUCGAAGGACAUGGAGUUGGCGGGAACACCAGGAGCCGACGCGUUUCGGGAAGUGCGGGUGCAGUCCGUGCUUGUAGAGUUCCUCCUGUGUAACGUUGAGACCCUUUUUAGCGACACCUUUACUUCAAUCGGUCGCUGUGGACCUGCACGUCCCCGUUCUCUGUUGGGGGGCUGCCCAUCUGGACGGCUCGUCAGCCUUCAGGAAGCCCAAGCCCGGAGCCAGAGCCAGAGGGAAGCAGCUGAGAAGCUGGGUGCCGAGAGGACAUCCCCGAAGAAGCACGAACGAGUACUGGAGAGCAGCGACGAGAGGAAGGCCCCUCGUAACAGGAAGAAAUCAGGUGGAGGGAGCAGCUGGAGGACGUUCUUCGCCAUCGGGAAAAACUCUCAAAUGAAGAAGACGCGUCCUGGUGGGAUCCGGGAUUCUGCGGCUCACCAACGAGUGGCAGAAACAGUCACUUUGCGGUCGGCUAAAAGCGAGGAGUCUUUGUGUUCUCACACCAGUGGAUCUGGAUUUCAGAGGCCCUCUCGACUCCGUCGCCCUCGUUCCACAAGUGAGGGUCUUCCCUCACGCCUGCCCCACUGCCACUCAGUUGAGAGCCUGGGACCCUCUGUGCCCUCCCCACCCUCUGUGCCGUCACCUCCAAGCUCUGCCCGUCCCCAGUCUGCAUGGAUCGAAGAAGACCUGGACCUCUCUCCACCACUUCCCGACACAGAUGGCCUUGGAUUUGAUCCUCUUUCCUUUCGACUCUCCCUCUCUGACCAUGAAGAAGCUAGAUCUCCUAGAGUAGUUAAGGCAGAAGUGACCAUCCAAACUCCGUCUCACUCCCUCCCUCGUAGAGUAAGCCUUUCCCCAGUGGGUGGCUGCUCUCCUUCUCCUUCACAUAGCCCUCCAGAACGUCUGGUGGCUGAUAUGGAAUACCGGGUCACCCGUAGCCUCUCUCCUCCACCUCAAAUGUUGUCCCUACUUCUCCAGUCCUGCCAGGCGCGCCUGAAUGAGACAUGUCUUCAAGAGGUCAAAGGGAAGCUGAGUGGAGUCUCCUGUCCAGAAAACUCCCCAACAAGCCCGACUCUGUCUCCAAAGCAAACUGCCCAACCUCCCUCCCUGUCCCUCCUCCGGCAGGUCCCACCACCUCCUCCACCCAAGGAUCCUGCGCGUCUCAUGGCACUAAGGCUGGCAGAGAGCGCCCAACGCGCAUUACAGUCUUCCAUGUCGACUGGCACGGUCCCGGCUAAGACGUCUCAGCGGCCUGGAAGCGCACAGCCUCCUUCUUCUGUGUUUCGACGUUCGCUUUCCAUGGAGUGCAGUGAGGUCUCCAUACCGAAAGAGGGGCCCCUCUACUCUGAACUCCGACCCCCCACGCUGAACCCCAAUGAAAGAAAUGCCACCCAACACCGGCCGCUGAGACCUCAAUCGCACAACACCCUGGCCCCAGGUUCCUCUCCUGCUGACCCCAGGAAGGUCACUCCAUCAGCCAUCCCCUCUUCCCGUGCUCCUCGCCUUCACACGCGAUCAGGGAGCCUUCCUGCCCCUCCAAGUGUCUACACUCCGAGACCCCGUCCUCCUCCUUAUCGCUUCCCAGAAGAAGGGCCUAGGAUGCCUCCACACCGCUCGGCCCCACCGUGGCCAGAUCCUGAAGGUCUUUACUAUGAGAUUCUGAGCGACCAGCCUCCUCUGGCUCCUCUCAAUGCAUCCUAUGGACUGAUCCAGACACCUUGGUCAUGCGUUGCACCUUCUCUAGCUCAUCCCUAUCCAGGGCCAGCGGCGCGUAGUCGGGGAUGGCAUGGAGCAGUCCCACCUUCAGACCCAGAACAUUGCAGUUACCAGCGUUGGGACAGGGGCCCUCCCACACAGCCGGCCCCUUACUUUUUUGGAGCGGGUGACAAAUAUCAGUAUGUGGGGACUUCUGAAAACAGAGGUCACGCAGGCUUUCCUGAAAGAAACCCUCGUCUUCUCCAAACAGGAAGGAGGGAGGAACCCAUCUACGUCAACCUUCCCCCAAAACUGGAUGUCGGGGGUCACUAUAUGGCUAACAGGGACACGGCAGAUUUGAAACCGGAACUGCCACAAAAACAACACCCUGUUCAACCUCCUGCCCUUGGACGACACGAAAACUUUGUCGGGAUGUCGCAUACCUACCGGCAGCAGCCGCAGCAUCCGCACUUACUCCAUAGAGAAGGGUCUUUCAACUUUUUCCGGACCCCUUCUCAUACAGCCAUGUGGGGGUCGCAGCCUAAAUUCCCAGAAGGGAGGGAGGCCCCUAUAAUUACAUACGAGGGCCCACCAGGCGGGGGGCAAAGAAUGGCCUACAUGCCCCCUCACUGCCUGGUUUCUGAGGCGGGUACUGUGUAUGGAAACCUGGAGCAGGGUGGUACUCCACACAGACCGUCCACACCGGCGGGCCCGCCGGGAAUGCUAGGGCCGGCCUGGACAGUACACUCAGAGGGACAAACGAGGAGUUAUUGCUGAAGGUGAUGAGGAUUUGAGUUUUUUUGUCUCCGAACCAAUGAGAAGGCAGCUAUAAAUGAUCUUGCGCAACUCCUAGCCGGACACUUCCACCGACACAUAUCAACCGAGACACCGGCCCUGGGGGCCGCGUGCUGGGUUUUAAAGCAAAUACUGUUUUUAUAUGGUGUUUUUGAGGGUCUCUGCGUUUUGGCGGGGGUGUCGUAGCGCCCUCCCAUUUACUACUGAAGAAGCCUACAGAACAAAUGGUGCUAACAGUGUAAAAAAAAAAAGUAUGUUUCUAUGGAAACAACACCAGCUGUGACACUAUUUAUGGAUGAAUUUGGAUUGGUUGAAAAAAAUGCAAUUGAGCCCAAUUUGUGUUCAAUAUAUUUGUUGUUUUUUAUUAUUUAUUACGUGAAUCCUGAUAUCGCAUCUCUUGCAAAGCAUGGCUUAUCCAAUAUGACAUCAUUGUGUUACGCUGUGAUGUCAUACCCCAGAAUGCAAUGGGUGCUGUGAGAUUUAUCCUUACCGUGUCGAGUGGUGAUUGGUCGUUUUAAUAAGCUCAAUACUUUACUAAGGUCUCUUAUUUCAAAAACUUUGCCCAAACUUUAAAAUAAAAUCAAAAUUUCACGCAA